CUGGCUAGCAUUCCUUUGGCAUUUGCUGCCACGUUCUAUCCAAACAGUCUUGAACUAAGAACACACUGCACAGUACACACAGCGCAAAGAUUUUCCAUUCAAUUGAAAUUAGCAUUUGCAACCAGCAGGAAGAUAUUAUGAAUUUCUGCUCUCAUUGACGACAUACAUUCAAAUGUUCAAAGAAACGCAACAACAAACAAACAAAAUAAAAUUAAUCUGAACCGAAUUAUUUAAAUCAUUGUUGAAAGUGAGUGAGAAAAACAGUUGUCCUAUAUAUUUAAACGUUUGUUUUGAAAUAACAGACACGCUUUCGUCUCAAAGAUAUUUUUUUUUUCAAAUGUUUAUUUGUGCGUGCAUAAAACAUCUUGAAUGAUAUUUUGGAUAUACGAUUUAAAUCUGCAACGAAUAACAACCGAACCAAAGUGAAUUUCGAAAUUGUCAAUCGAAUGGCGAAAUUCCGCAAGUGAAUUGAUGAAACGGAGUUGUGUGCAGAGAGACGAAAAAAAGCGCGCGUUAGAAAGAAGGCGUUUCAAAUGUGAGAAGAAAAACAGCAUUUUUUUCGAAUAUGUGAAGAAACAUUGCAAGAUUGUGGAAAACAGACAUAGAUUACAUUUAUUGAAGAACGGCAUGAAAAAUAUGUGUGAAAAGUGAAUGUGUUUACCGAUAUGCCGAUGUAAACAAAAAAAAAUCUGAUAUUCAAUCAUUAAUUUAAAUUGAAAAUAAUUAAUGAAACUAAAUCAAAACAUUUUGUUUAUCGCAAGUGCAUAUGUCUGAGUUAGAAACGGUGUUUGUCCAUGCCAAAUAAUUUGUUGAAUACAGUUUUUUCGGGUGCAAAAUCUACAACGUGCUGAUUCGGCACAAACGGAGCAAAGAGAAAGAAGGAGUGGAACAUAUUGAUACAAAUUGUAUGUUUUUUUUAAACGACGGUAUUUUGUAAUUCAAUACAAACACCACUUAAAAAUCAAUUACCGUUCGUACCAUUGAACAAGAAUCGAAUGACACUGUAUAUGUGUAUGACACUUAAAUCAGGUUGAAUAUGUCGUCAUCUCAGAUAGCUGAAAAUUAUCAAUUAAAGUGGCAUUCUCAUUUGACCAAUUUAAAUUCAUCGGUGGCCACGCUUUUCAGAAAUGACAAGUUUGCCGAUGUACUAUUGUUCACAAGUCAAAUGGAUGGGGGUUGUGGUAUUCCAGCGCAUAAGAUAAUACUUAGCUCCUGUAGUCACUUCUUUGCACAAGUAUUUGACUCAAAUCCAUCACCGCCAAAUUCUAUGGUUUAUAUUGUGCUACCGCCUGAAAUUAGCCGAAGAUCGAUACAGAUUUUGAUUCAAUAUAUGUACAGUGGCGAAGCAACCGUAUCGAAUGAUAUACUUAAUGAAGUACUUCAUGGUGGUGAACUAUUGAAAAUACGUGGGUUGUGCCGUAAUAAACAAACACAAUCCACGACAACAACAACAACAACAGCAGCAACAGCGGCGGCGCCGGCAACAGCACCAUCGUCAUCAAUGAAUGAGACAAGUUCAUUACAUUAUUCAUCUGGUGGUGAUACUGGUUGCGAUAAAUCAAUGUAUGAACUUCAUACGGACCGAACGGUCAAUAAUGCGAUCAUCAAAGAGAGUCCCGUUAUCGUAACAUCACCACAGCAUAUGGGCAGCAGUGCAUCAGUCGCACAUAAACCGUCAUCAUCAUCUACAUCGUCCGCAAUCCCAUCAGGAUCCAGCCUAUGUCAAUCCGAUCCAGACAUUCCAAAACGAAGUUCCAUGAGUUACGGUCUAAAAUCCACUGUGGUUCGAAAUCAUUGCGCCUAUAAUUCACCGACAACGCCAUUGCAUAUAAAAUCAUCAUCUGUACACAAUGAACUUGGCCAUAUGCCACCGCCCAUAGCAUCGCAAAUCACAUCAUCGACCACAUCAUCAUCAUCGCUUAUACACUCACCCGAUUCGCACAGCAACAGCAGCAGUGUGUCAACAAAUCCAAAUAACAAUCCAAAUAUGGGCAUUAAAAAGGAAUCAAUGACAAUCAAUGCAAUGAACGAUGACUUGGUUAGUGUACCGGCACAUUAUGGUUUAGUAUCGUUACAAAUAGCGGCCGCUGUGAAAAAAGCACAACAAAUUUCCGAAAAACGAUGUGCAAACAGUACAUCACAUUUAUAUCAAAAAUCAUCAUCACACCAUGCAAAUCCAAUUGCAAACAAUCAUGAAUCACAAUCAACAGUGAUCGGUAUUGGUGUCGGCAGCAGUGGCGUCGAAAUGCAUGGCAAACAUAUUGAAAAUGGCAAUAAUUCAACGGCAACGAUAACAACGACCUCAACAAAUAAUAAUUUUGUGCGACGAUACAGUGAUGACUAUUUUGCCAAGGACGAUAUUCCAAGUGGAUCCCAUUUACAUCAUCAACAGGCACAACAACAAACAACACAAAUGCCGGAAGAUCUACAAAUGAUGGCCAUCAAACAGGAACCAGUCGAAUGGUCAGAUUUUGACCACGAAAAUGCAAGUCUAAACAAAUCAAGCAUUGAGGUUGCUGUCAAACCGGAACUGAUUUAUUCGAAGGGCGACACUGACGAAGAAGCAACCGAACAACAAGAACCAAUUUAUUCGCCAUUAACAUGUGAAUUGUGUAGUGAAACCUUUACCGUUCCAGCCGAAUGGUGUCGACAUGUACAAAAUCAACACAUUGAGAGCCAUUCCGAAACGACACAUUGUGUACCAAAAAAACGGAAACACAUCGAGUCGAGCACAAUUUCGGAGAAUAUAGCUGCGUUGCGCUGUGAUUUAUGCGAUAUGUACUUUGCAACGCCCGCCGAAUGGGUUCGACACGUACAAAAUCAUACCGAAACCGAAUUGGCACUCUCCAACAAUAAUGCAUCGUUACGCCAAAGCAAUACAGCAACCAGUGCGGUCAGUCAUCGUUCAUCAAGAGGUCAGCCGCAGCACAUCGAAACCUCCAAAUACGGCCAUUCACAAAGUAAUUCGCACAGAUAAAUAUAAUCAGCAAAAUUGAGUCAGCGAAAUGUGAACACAUGCUCCAAUUGUCAGAUGUGGGGUCAAAGACUAUCAAGAAAACAAGGGCUUCGAUACAACAAAAAAAUAUCACCUUUACUCGAUUUAGAUACACACAACUUCUGAUACAUUGAUGGUUCGAUUUAAAAAUUCAGUUGAAAUAAUGGGGAUUGAGAGCGCAAAAUCGAUCCACGGACAAUAAAUUAAUCUCCAGUGAACCGAAUAUAAAAACAUACCAAGAAAAAAAAAAGCAUUUAC